AUGUCUAAAGUGCUCAAGCUAUUUGAAGAAGCCAUCUUCAAAAAAGGGCUCUACAAAGAGCUGUUUCAGAAGCAAACUCCAGGAAAGCGGAUUGCACCUCUCCCGGCUAAAGAUAACGAUUCGAAGCUUCAAAUGCGUCUGGAUGCUGGCGAGUCCCGAGAUGCUCUAAACUAUCCGCUCAAUUGA